ACGACAGACUAGGUGUGGAUGAGGCUCGCUAUUAUUAUAUCUCUGAAAGAAAGAAGGAAAUUGGAAAUAUAUUGAACAGUGUCCCUGAGCAUUCUCGAUUUCCUGGUCUACGCUUUGGCUGACAAACAGUCUUCUUAUUCCAAAAGUCAUCAUCUUACUUUUCUUUGCUACUUGCGAGCGACGAUGACAUGGACUCUCUCUCUCUCUCUCUCUCUCUCUGUCAUUCUCUGAAUUGAACUGUUGAGUAGCUCUGGUUUCCUUGUCUCCGAUUUCGAUCUUGAGCUCCUCUGCGGGCCUCGCCUCGCCCCGACUCUCAUAUCAUAUUGGAAUAUGGGUAUAUAUCUCAGCACGCCCAAAACUGACAAGUUCUCUGAAGAUGGAGAGAAUGGCUGGGUCAGAUAUGGUCUAUCGUCCAUGCAAGGAUGGCGUGCAACUAUGGAGGAUGCUCAUGCAGCAUAUCCCGAUCUAGAUGCAUCCACCUCGUUCUUUGGUGUUUAUGAUGGCCAUGGAGGAAAGGUAGUUGCUAAAUUCUGUGCCAAAUAUCUUCACCGACAAAUGCUCAAGAAUGACGCAUAUUCAGCUGGAGACAUAGGAACUUCUGUUCAAAAAGCUUUUUUCAGAAUGGAUGAAAUGAUGCGUGGACAAAGGGGUUGGAGAGAGUUAGCUGUUCUGGGAGAUAAGAUAAACAAAUUUACUGGCAUGAUAGAAGGGUUAAUCUGGUCUCCGAGGAGCAGUGAGGGUAAUGAUCAAGCUGAUGAUUGGGCUUUUGAGGAGGGGCCUCACUCUGAUUUCAGUGGUCCAACUUCUGGGAGCACAGCUUGUGUUGCAAUUAUUAGAAACAACCAACUUGUUGUUGCAAAUGCUGGUGAUUCUCGUUGUGUGAUAUCUAGGAAGGGUCAGGCAUAUAACCUGUCCAGAGAUCACAAACCUGAACUUGAGCUUGAGAAGGAAAGGAUUUUAAAAGCUGGUGGUUUUAUCCAUGCAGGACGAGUCAAUGGCAGUUUGAAUCUUGCAAGAGCUAUAGGUGACAUGGAAUUCAAGCAGAAUAAAUUCUUGCCAGUGGAAAAGCAAAUUGUCACUGCGAGUCCUGAUAUAAAUACUGUUGAACUUUGUGAUGAUGAUGAGUUUAUGGUCUUAGCAUGUGAUGGUAUCUGGGAUUGCAUGUCAAGCCAGCAACUGGUAGAUUUUGUGCAUGAACAGCUAAGCUCGGAAAGCAAACUGUCUGUGGUGGUUGAAAGAGUCCUUGACAAAUGUUUGGCACCAUCGACUGCUGGUGGGGAGGGAUGCGAUAACAUGACCAUGAUCUUGGUGCAAUUCAAGAAGCCCAUUGUGCCAGUUGAAUCUGCGGGUAAGCAGCAGGAAUCCUCAACAACCGAAGAAGAAGGACCUGGAACGGAUGCAAAUCCAAGUGAAAGUGAAUCAAAUUAGCGGACAGCUAAUGCGUUCCAAAAUCAGGAGAGCCAAGACUGCAUAUUUCACUGUUUUCAGAUUGGUUCUCAGAUUUGUAACUGUAGAUGAUUUAGCAUGAAGAUUAAUGGAUCAGCAAUUAGUAACAUUUCGUUUUUAUGCUGGUGAAUGUUGCUGUUUAUGCUUGAGAUACAACUGGUAUAGUAUGCAUGUACAGAUAAUAAAUAGCGAGUAGAACCAAGUGUUUUGGACAA